UUGAAAGGUUUCUGACUGGUUGAUGCUCGGCAGCUUCUGCCAAUUAUAUUGAUAGCCCGCCUUCCAAGCCUCGUGCCCCCUUCGAUUCCCUGUUCUUCAUUGGAAUGAAGACGAGUGAGCGGCGGGGGGUGUAGCCAACAGAACGCUCUGAAAUGUCAUCGGGAGGGAGGGGCCUUCGUCUGGAAGCAGCUUCUUGAAAGCAUGAGUUUCAGUGCCUGUGCCUGCGUGUUUAGUCGACUUUGUUUCGCGUGGUCGGUUUUGCCCGGUUUCUGGUAUGGAUAGAGGCUGUUGGUAGUAGAAAGCAAGCUGCGCCGAAGGAUUGGAAAGCCCGUACGAGGAAAAGGGUCGGAGAGGAGGCAGUAGUCUUCCGCUUUCAUCCUCUAGAGGGGGUUCAUUAGGAGUGAAGAAGUCUUCAUCAUGAUAACCCCAGCAUUUGAACUGAGCCAGAAUCCAGAUUUUCUUAUAAUAACUAUCAAGGUACCUUAUGCACGUGUUUCAGAGUUCGAGGUCUGUUUUGAAGGGGAAGAUUUCAAAUUUUAUGCCAAGCCUUACUUUCUCAGAUUGGCUCUUCCUGGAAGAGUUGUGGAAGAUGGAAGAGAAAAAGCAUCAUAUGAUGUUGAUAAAGGGAUAUUUACAGUCCAUCUUCCCAAGGAGACUACUGGAGAGUAUUUUGAUGGAUUGGGCAUGUUGACAGCUCUGUUGGCACCAAAGAAAUCCAGAUCAGCAAAACCUCUUGUGGAAGAGAUGGGUGCUAGAAAUGAGAUGGAGGGGGAGGAAGAAGAAUUUGACUGGGAAAUUGAACAGACUCCUUAUGAUGAAAACAACUUAUGUUUGUCCUGUAGCUAUGGAUUUGGAAACCUGAAAUCAGGCGUUUUCAGGCGACUUCAGGAUGAACUUGGUGAGGUUAUUGACAUUAAGAAUCCAGAUCUGAUCCCUACAACUGAACGCAGAGAGAAACGUUUGGCAGCAGAAGUGGUCAAAUUUGACCCUGAUCAUUACCUGGCUGACCUUUUUGAAGAUGAAGCUGUUCACCAUCUGUUAAAAUACAAGCCUUGGUGGGUUGCAACCUAUGCAAAAAAGAUGGCAUCUCAAGGAAGCAGUCCUCUGGAUGACGGUGGUCAAAAUGCAGUCGUUUCCUUUGCAGAAGAUGAGAAAGAACAGCUAAGAAAAUUCACAAACAGAACUUAUCUGCUUGAUAAAAGAACCUGUCAUCAAGUAUAUCUGAGCUUAGUUGAUAUCCUGUUGGCAUAUUGCUAUGAAGUCUAUGUCACUGAAGGAGAAAAGAAUGCUGAGUCACCGUGGAAUAUCAGAAAACUGAGUGCAACUUUGUGCUGGUUAGAGAGUUUUACUAGUGUAUUGGAGGUCCUAGUAUCGUUUGGAAGAAGAGUUUUAUGCUAUCCAUUGUACAGACACUUCAGUUUGGUGACGAAGGCCUUAAAUGACACUGUUAUGAUACUACAACUAGGUAAAACUGCAAUUUUGAAAUGUCUGUUAGACAUUCACAAGAUUUUUAGAGAAAAUGAUCCUGCAUACAUUCUAAAUGACCUCUACAUCACAGACUACUGCAUUUGGAUUCAAAAGGCCAAGUCAAAGAAGUUGGCAGCCCUUGCUGAACGUGUGCAGAAAGCAGAGCUGACUAAAGCCAAAUUAGGUUUUGAACUAGAUGAACUGGAAGCAGCAGCACUACUUGUACAAGAGGAAGCAAAGGAGUUAAAAGCCGCUGGCGCAGACGUUUCCAGGCAGCAGCUGCCUCCUUCCAAAGGAGAGGCGAGUGACUCUGAAGACUCAAGCAGCACUUCAUCAUAUGAGACAGGAGGCUCUGAUUCAGAUGAACAAGAGUCCUCAGCCAUUGAAGAUGGGAAAAUAAAUCCUUUACAUAGCCCACUCCAAGAGGAGAGGACAGCCCUACUCAUUGACUGUAAUGGAUUAAGGCGAGACACAGACACUUUGGCGUUAGAUGUUAGUAAUGAAAAAUCAAAGGCUUCUUUACAAUCUACAUCUGUUCCUGGGAAGCUGAUAGAGGAAUUAGGAAAGCAAAUGCAGACUGUAAUUAGGCUUACGGAGCAGCCUGAAGCAUCAUCCCCUACUGCAAGUGACAGUGGCAGCAGCGUUUCGCAAGAGAUGGGAACAAGCACAACCUCCAGGACUUCACCGGAUCAUAAUGGAAAGGACAACCCUUAGAGGUGACUCCACAGCCGAGCCCUCUUCUGUUUCUUGACACUGCACAUGAAGCGGUGUCAAGAACAAAUAGGGAGGGGUGGGUGGAUUUUGAACUGCUAGUUACCAGAAUCCAUUUUAGCAGUCAGAUGUCUCUUCAGCAAAUAAUAGAUCAUGCUGGCAAAUCAGGAUGCAUUUUUAAAAAUGUCAUUUUCAGUUCUUUACCAUGCUUUGUUUUUUUUUUAAAUUGCAGGCCUAUCUUUAGGAAAUAGUGGACAAGAUUGUAUUAAAAAUUGCUUGCUAUAUCAUUGAUGCUCAUAAAUUUUGAUACUUAUAUGUAAGUGACUUGGAAAACCUUGUAUUAGUAGCUCACUAUUUCAGUGAGGUUUGUAAUAUUAUUGAGACAUAAAAUAUUGGCUGAAAGCUGUUGAUUUGUGUUUAUAGGGAAAAUAUUAAAUAUCUGCUAGAACUUAGUUAUUUUAAAUAAUUAAAUAACUAAAAAUUUAGUCAGUAUAAAUAAAUAAAUAAAUCAACUUGAAAAAAUUCAUCUACUCAUUAUUGUAGUCAUAUGUUGGUUUGUAUUCAUCCGUUUGAGGUGUCUUAUGUGUAUCUAAACACAGCAACAAGCAUUUGACUUGCAGUUUCCAGACACUAACAUCUAAUAAGCUGGCCUUUCAAUACAUAUGCAACAUAUUUUGUGUUUCUGCAGCUUGAUCCUGUGCAUGAUUGCUCAGAAAUAAAUCCUAUUGUGCUCAGUGGAACUUACUGCCCAAUAAUUGAAUGUAGGAUUGUGCCCUUUGAAUGUGUGUCUUUUCCCCUGUGAAACAUGAUGGCUGUUCUGAGUUAAUGGUUUGGAUAUUUUAUUUGUGUAGACAAAACAUAUUUCACUCCAAAUAUAAACAUUUGAUUUCAGAUUAUCAGUAUUCUAGCUAUGUCAGGAAAUAUCCUUUAGUAGUAAUUCUUCUCUAAAAGGUGCACCCUAGCACAUUGCCAGAGCUUAGCCUGAAGGGCAUUUUGUGGCUUUUAAAGCUCUGUGGCAUCUACUGUCAUUUUCUCUCUUCAUGGUUUUGUAGUUAACUCUAGGCAGGGUUUUCUUUGCUAGCAGUAGGCAGAGCUGUAUGUAUUCUGUGCAUCUAUGAUUAUACUAUAUAAUUAUACAUCUUGAAAAUUUUUAGUUUUCAUUUUGUUUCUUAACAAGUAUUUAAAUGAUGCAUUUCCACUUUGGUUGGCAGAGGCAAAACUAAUUAUGCAGAGUAUACAGAUGAAGUGCUCAUUUUCUUUAUGGGCCUGAUUUGUUCAAAUUUGAAACGAAAUAUAUACAAAUGUAUCAUGUACGUAGCCCUGGCUCUGGGGUGCAUUAAAGAAUUCCCUGUAGCAAAAGUGAAGUGUCUCAUUCUUCACACUUCCUCCUUGGCUGCCAGCCACAAAAUGCAGGAGGGAGUCUGCUCGUCUGUUCUCUUGGAACUGGCACUUGCAUGUUAGUGACAGCAGUCUCUCUCUAUUCUUCCCUCUCCUCCUGUAAGGAAGAAUCUUAGCUUGGCAAAUCGAUCGUUCCACAGUCUCUCCUUUCUUGUUCCCCUCACUUUCCGCAAUACUUGGGCAGUGUUACUGCACUGAUAAAAUUCUGCUUCCACUUCCAAGUAUUUGGAAAUAUGGAACUUGAUUGCUGGUAUGUAAAGACAUCCUUCAAUUGUCAGGGCAAACUGCACACAGAGAUGGGUUCAGACAUAACACCAAACCAUAGUUUAUGCUGAUGUCUAAACAAAUCGGACAUCACCUUUCAAUUCCUCUCCCUUUGCAUUGCAUCCGAACAGACAAGUGAUGGUUUCAGAUGUUGCCCCACUAUUGGAGGCCAUUAUUUAGUAAAUCAUCUGGGGGAUUCUCAGGGAAGAUGCGGAAGGGGGGGAAACCACACAAACUGUGCUUUGUUUGCCUUUACAUCUCUAACUCAAAAGAUGGUUUGGAGUUUAAACUACUGUUAGUACAAACUGGAGUUCUGCAGUAGUACUGGGUUGGGGAGGUUUUUACUCUUGGCUGAUAGGCAGGGAACAUCAGUAAGAACAGUACCAAGAGAAAGGGCUUCCCCAUUGCCCUGACUGGCCCUUUCUGGUUAGCAGACAGCAGGUUUCUUUCCCUAACCCUAACGAGUACCAUUGUGGCACCCUUGUUAUACCUGCCCUAUCAGCAAGUGAGAAGAGAGCUUUGCUCUGCUGCUUUCACCACUCCAAACUAACGGGAAAGCAGCAACUGGUACCCAAAUAAUGGCUUCAGUAAUUUGGUGCAGAUGUUAGGGGAGAUAUUGUUCUAAUCUAAUCCUUUGCUUUUGUUUUCUAAAGGAUCAACUAAGUGCCAUCUCUUCCAGUACUUUAGGUCUGCUUAACAUACUUUUUAUUUUGGUAUUUUCAUAAUACAAAAGAACGAAGUUGUCAAACAAGGACAGUCAUCAUUACGAAUAACGUCAAAUGAAGUAUGUGAUCUUUGUGCGUCAAUCAAUGUUGUUUGGCUUUUUAAUAAAUGAGGAUGGAUUUCAA